CCAUCCUCCACGCGAUGGUGCAGCCCCAUCCCAGUGCCCAUUCGAGCUGCUGUCCCAUUGCAGGGGGCAUUGUGACAGCUGAGGAUCUGAACAACUACCGUGCUGAGCUGGUCGAGCACCCGCCGAACAUCAGCCUGGGAGACGCGGUGCUGUACAUGCCCAGUGCGCCGCUCAGCGGGCCCGUGCUGGCCCUCAUCCUCAACAUCCUCAAAGGGUACAACUUCUCCCGGGCAAGCAUGGAGAUCCCUGAGCAGAAGGGCCUGACGUACCACCUCAUCGUAGAGGCUUUCCGGUUUGCCUGCGCCAAGAGGACCCUGCUUGGGGACCCCAAGUUUGUGGAUGUGACUGAGAACUGA